AUGGAAGCAGUCAAAACCCUAACCCUCAAAUCCGGCACCUCAAUCCCCUCCAUCCUCCUCCCAACCUUCCAAAUCUUCACCCCAGGCCACACCGCAAAUAAAUCCUCCAUCCUCGCCACCCCACGCGUAACACACACAUACGGUCCUCACCCCCGGCAAACACUAGAUCUCUAUCUCCCUCCCUCCUCCCCUUCCCCCAAUUCCACUUUACACUCAUCAGAUCCGUCUCCGAUCCUCAUCUUCCUCCACGGCGGCGGCCUAACCCACGGCUCCAAACUCAGCCCCGAACAUCCCCUGGUCUACCAUAGCACCGGGUCUUUCUUCGCGCAACGCGGCGUCACGACUAUCAUCCCGGAUUACCGACGUGUGGGCGUCGAGGGCGAAGACGCGGCGUACCCUUCUGGCGGCGAGGAUGUGAGUUUGACGCUGAAAUGGGUGGUCGCAAAUCUAUGUCAGGAGGGGGAACGGGAGGUUGUGGUGAUGGGGAAUUCAGCUGGGGGUGUACAUGCUAGUACGUGGGCUUUUGACUCGUUGUUUCUUGAGGAACGGAAGGGGAUGAGCGGGGGGAAUUUGAGGGUUAAGGGCGUGGUGGAGUUAGCUGUGCCGUUUGAUUUUGCGGAGGGGGUGGAGGGGGCGGCGGUGAAGUAUUUUGGGGGGAAGGAGGGGGAGAAGUGUGCGGUUGGGAUAGUGGAGGCGCUUGGGAGGGAAGGGGUGAGUAGAGAGGAGGUUGCGGUGCCGAAGGUUUUGGUGUUGUUGGGGGAGUAUGAGCCAGAAAUUAUUGAGGGGCCGACGGGGAGGUUUGUGGAGGCUUGGAAGAGGGUUUGGGGAGAGGGGUUGGAGUUUAAGGUGUUAAAGGGGCAUAAUCAUAUUAGUCCGCCGUGGGCUUUGAUGGCGGGGGAGGCGGAAGGAGAGAAGUGGGCGGAAGAUUUGGUGGAGUGGAUUAAAAAUUGA